AAUUGAAACAAGAUGGCAGUACACAAUGUCAUUUCCUGUUUAGUGGGUUAAAUUUGUAAAUACGUAGUGGUAUUGUUGGAGUGAUUAAUAUAGAAAGUUAUCUUUUAUUAACAAACAGUUCAGGCGAUUACACUUCGGUUUUCAAUGAUUACGUCAAUGUUAUUAACAUAAUAGUAGAAAAAGUAAAUAAAACAAAGGAAAAAAAAUGGCGAAACAGUCGUACAGUAUUGUUGAAUAUUAUGCUGAACAAGAGAAAUAUAGUUGUGGCUAUUGCAAAAGUCCUAAUACAAAUUUCAGUCAUGGUAUGGGAACACAUAUAUUGACCGUUCAAGAUUAUCAAAGUUUAAUAGAUAGAGGUUGGAGAAGAUGCGGUUCUUAUUGUUACAAGCCAACCAUGGAUCAAACGUGUUGCCCAAUGUAUACCAUCAGGUGUGAAGCAUUACAAUUUAAGAUUUCUAAGUCACAAAAGAAAGUCUUGAAAAGAAUGGCUAAGUUCUUAAGAAAUGAAUUGCAAAAAGAUGAUACUAUGGAUACUGGUGAAGAGGAUCACUGUGAUAAUAUAGAUAUUGGAGAAAUUCCUAAUCAUAGUAGACAUUUUCUAAGAGCACAAGAAAGUGCUUCUGAUAUGAAUGUGAAAUUUGUAAAUGAUGAAGUGAAUGCAAGAUUACAACCUACUGUAUUGGACAAGGAAAAAAAAGCUUGCGAUUUGGAAACUCAACAGAAAACUUCAGAAAGCAUACCUGUUACAUCGUCGAGUCAUAAAAAUGAGACCGAUGGAACAUCUCAAAGCUUACAGUCUGUAGAAAUGAAUGCUGCUAGACCGCCGUGCAUGAAAGCGAAAGCUUUACGUAAACAACGCAAACAAAAUAAAUUAUUGGCACAAGGAAAAACUCAAGAAGAAAUAGAUGCUAUGUUUAAAGAAAAUAAACAAGAAAACCAUACUAAAAGUUUAGAGAAAUUGUUUGAAGAAAUGUGUAAUGGAACUAAUAGAUUGCAGCUGAAACUAGUUAGAGUUUCGCCAAAGAGCCCUGGAUACAUAGAAACAUCAAAACAGUCUUAUGAAACAUAUAAAAAAUAUCAAACAACAAUUCACGGGGUUCCAGCAGAAAAGGUUGUAGAGAAGCAAUAUAUGAGAAUUCUUGUGGAAUCACCUUUACAGAUAAAAUUGGUGAGAACAAUGUCCGACGAAUUUAUUAGCACUCUUGAAGUAAGUGCAAAUGUUUAUAAAAAAUACCAAAUGAUUGUCCAUGGAGAUCCGCCAGAAGAAUUGGAUAUAGAAUCGUUUUUUAAUUUUAUUGUAAAAAGUCCUCUGCAGUCAUGGACACCAGAGAAUGGACCACCCGGUGGAUAUGGCUCUUUUCACGAACAAUACUGGUUAGAUAAUGAAUUAAUUGCUGUUGGAGUGAUAGAUAUUUUACCUUCUUGUGUCUCAAGUGUUUACUUCUUUUAUGAUCCAGCAUACUCGUUCCUCUCUCUUGGAACAUUUAGUUCUCUUCGAGAGGUUUAUUUAACGAGACAAUUAAAUAAAGUUGCGCCAGAUUUAAAAUAUUACUACAUGGGAUUUUAUAUACACUCUUGUCCCAAGAUGCGAUACAAAGCACGAAUGAGGCCGUCAAAAUUAUUGUGUCCUGAAACUUAUGGGUGGUUUGAUAUAGAACCUUGCCUACUGAAAUUAGAUAAGCAAAAAUAUUGCAGGUUGAACGAUGACAUUGAUGCUAUCGACGAAGAUGGUGUCGUCGAUGUUCGUAAGGUAUUAAUUUUGUAUCGUCGAGCUGCAAUGCCGUAUCAAAUAUAUAAAAGGCAAUCCCAACGUGUCAGACAAGAAGAAGAAAACGAAAUUAAAGAAUAUGCUAGUUUGGUUGGGAUGAAGUGCGCGCAAAGAUUGUUGCUUUAUCGCUGCUAGGCGGUAGGUCAGUGAAAGAUUUCAAUUUGUAUAUUUACUUUUACUUUUUUUUAAUAGAGAACAGUCGUUUAUUUUACGGAAAGACGAAGCACUGAAAAGUAUUGUUAUAAAAUGACAUUAACCAGUAAGUAAAAUUAAAAUUAAAAUUAGCAACUGCAAAUAAAGUAUUUGUGAUGAUAAAAUGUAUAGCGAAUUAAUAAAAUACUUUUCAAUUAACAAUGAAAA